CGGUACCUCCCAGGCUCCCACACUCUGGGCCCCGGGGCCCACUAAUCCUGCUCCUUGCCCUCUUGGCCUCGUCCUCCUCCUCGUUCUCGUCGCCUAAUCAUUUUCAUCCCCCUGUGCAAUCCUCUUCUUCCCCCCCCCCAAAUCGAAAACAAAGAAUCGGAUUCUAUAGCUUUGAAAAGUAGAACAAAAACAUUAUACAAUUUGACUUUUUAUCGAAUAAAAAAUAAGUUCCUGAGAAGUCCAGAACCCCUAUUUAAUUACGGGGAACAAAGAGGAGGUUAAAAGUAAAUUACUCCAACACAGGAAUCCUUUUUUUUCUUCCUGAGCCCCAGCCCUUCCUUUUCAUUUUUUCUCUCGUCCCAACCUUCUCCAGGCCCCCCUCCUUCUCUUCCAAUGGAAGGCGACAAAUAAGUCACAGAAGCAGGAUCUUUCCUUCUCUCUCUCUCUCUCUCUCUGCGUUGUUUGGGCUAAAGUCGUUGGUGGAGAGGGGGGGAGAGGAGGGGGUGGUGAGUUCAGGAGAUGAAGAGCGGAGGAGGGGCGGAGGAGUCAUCGGCGGCGGCGCUGAAGAAGGGGCCGUGGACGGCGGCGGAGGACGCGAUCCUGAUGGAGUACGUGAAGAAGCACGGGGAGGGUAAUUGGAACGCGGUGCAGAAGAACAGCGGCCUUAACCGCUGCGGCAAGAGCUGCCGCCUCCGGUGGGCCAACCACCUCCGCCCCGACCUCAAGAAGGGCACCUUCACUCGCGAGGAGGAGCUUCUCAUCCUCCACCUCCAUGCUCAGCUCGGCAACAAGUGGGCUCGCAUGGCCGCCCAAUUACCGGGGAGGACGGACAAUGAGAUCAAGAACUACUGGAACACGCGGAUCAAGCGGCGGAAGCGUGCGGGGCUGCCUCUGUACCCGCCGGAGAUCCAGCGGCAGGUUUUACUCCGGCACGGCUACCACCUCCGCCCUACCGCCGCCUCCUCUUCCGCCUCUCCUGGUCCUCCGGCGCCACUGCCCGCUUCCGUUCCCCGCGCCCGGCUCCGCCCUCCGCCGCUCUCAUUGAUGCACCCGAUCAGUUUCCCGUCGUCUCCUUCUCCGACGGCGGCGUUCUCGCCCUCUCCCUCCGCAACCGCGCCCAUCCCUGUCGUUGCUCAGAAUCAAUUCUCGAGCGGCCUUCCUUCCCAGUUCCCGCUCUCCUCCCCUGUCCUGUCUCCUGCUUCUCCCCUGUUUCAAUCUCAGCAACAACAGCAGCUGCAGUUUUCUGUUUCCUGCCCUGUUUCGCCGACUCCGCCGAGCCCUCUUUUUCAGUUGCAGCAGCCGAUGCACUGCAAUUUGGGGAGUUUCGAUGUCAAUCCAUCUCCUUCUUCGGCGCAGAUGCCCUUCACGGGUGAGCUCCCUUCAAGCCAAAUACUGGGGGAGACGGGCGGCGGCUGCGGCGGUGGUGCCAUCGGGCUGCUCCGGUCGAGCAGCACUGGGCUUCUGGACGACAUGAUACGGGAGCUGCAGCGUGAUGUGGACAUUCCGAGGGUGGACCUGCAGCCUCAGCCGCCGGCGGCCGCCGCAGUAGAGGGUGGGGAUGGCCACCCUGGUGGUAACGAGGUCAGCAAAGAUGGCACCUUUUCGCCCGUUCAGGGCUCGGUUCAGGAAUCUCUGAGCAAGUUGGACGGCUCCGACUCUUCCAUUAAUGGAACUGAGAUGAGGAGCAAAGCAACAAAUGAGAUCAGCGGUGUGCAUGACGACAUAUCCAUGCUGUUAGAUGCGAUACCGGCUCCCACAAUGCCUGCAACAAUGGUGGCCCCUGACUGGUACAAUAGCGACAGCGGAGAAAUCUCCAAUGGUCCAUCAUCCGUCAUGACCGAUGACGACAUUGGGCUUGAAAUGCAUCAGUUGGCUUCAUCCCUUUCUAUCGCUCCUGUGGACCAGGAAUGGAACCUCAGCUCAUGAACCUUGAAAAUUUAUGAGUUUGGAUAUGCGCAUGGUUUUAGCCAAGGCUAGUGGAUGAUGGUCUGGAUUUUGAAGAGAAACUACCAUGUCAUAUUCUGGUACUUGUAUGCUUUAAUUUUCUGGAGACUUGAAAAUAUCUAGUUAUGAAAUAUUAUGAACUUGUAUCUGGUGGCUAUGUUGCAUUAAUGAGUUCUAUCUUUGCAUAUUUUGUUAACUGUGCGUUAUAUAUCCAGUAGUAUUUCUUGUUCA